AUGACAGUCGGAACAUUAUACGCUUGGACCAAUGCUAGAGGGAUGCUGCCUCGUGGGCUAGUUGAAUGGCUCAAAAUUGACAUGGAUGUCGCCAACCCAAGCGACAACGUUGAAGAGUUCAAAAAGCUGUUUCCCUUAGGGAAGAACCCAGCUUUUCUAGGCAAGGAUGGCUUCGAGUUGACCGAGGUGAUUGCGAUUGUGUACUAUUUGGUCAGUUUGAAGGGUGACGCGGAGCUCGAAAAAUCGCUUUACGGAGAAACUUUGGAGGAGCGCUCCCAGGUUUUGAGACUUUUGUCAUUUACAAACAGCGAGCUAGCCCCAAGCGUCGCGGCGCUUGUGAUGGCUGCUAGAACUAAUGCCAGCGCCGAGACCUACAACGGAAAAUUGUCUCAGUGCCUUGCGACCUUCGGACUUUUUGAAAGUAUCUAUCCCAGCAUGAAUUUUUGGUGA